CUCUCAGAUCUCCAGUAGUGCGCAUGCGCUUCAGAUGCGUUUUGCUGCGGUCACCUGCUGCUGCUGCUGGGGCUACAGACACGACCUACAACUGUGCCCCAGUUACCUUGCAAAAAGCUACAGCACUCAAACCUGUCCGGAGACAGGACAGCGUCUGGCGUAAACGGCAGGCUAUAUCAUUUACAACAGAGGGCGGUGCUGAUGUGAUGCUGGAGCAACAGGCUGCGGAACACUGAGCCUCCCAUGGCUGUUAGCACCAUGGACUCUGAGUCAUCCCGGACACCUCAGCCUGACCUGGCUAAAGGAGGCCGCUCCCUGCUGCUUGCUGGAUCUCUGAGUUCCAUGCUGGGCACUCGAGGGAAGCACUACGUCUGCGGCUCCAUUGCAGCGUUUACUAACAUCGUGGUGACUUUCCCCAUCCAGAAGGUGCUGUUCCGCCAGCAGCUGCACGGCGUGUUGGCCACUGAGGCGGUGCGGCAGCUCCAGAGGGAUGGGCUGAGGAAUCUCUACCGGGGCCUGCUGCCCCCACUGCUCCAGAAGAGCACUACGGUGGCCAUCAUGUUUGGCCUGUACGAGGACUUCUCAAGGGUCUUACUAGACUGUGCCGCUGGCAGCGGUGUGCCGCAGCUGGUCACUCGGAGCUUUGCCGCGGCGUUGGCAGGAACAACGGAGGCUAUCCUGAUGCCGUUUGAGCGUGUGCAGACGCUCCUACAAGACCAUCGGCACCACGGGCGCUUCAACAACACAGUCCACACCUUCCGGACACUUCUGACCGAGUACGGUGUCAAAGAGUGCUACCGCGGCCUGGUGCCCAUAAUUCUCCGUAAUGGCCCGAGCAACGUGCUCUUCUUCGGGCUACGCGGGCCCAUUAAGGAGCAGCUCCCAGAAGUCACUAGCCGGUCCGGUCACGUGAUUAAUGAUUUUGUGUGUGGGGGUGUGCUGGGGGCAGGCCUCGGCAUCAUGUUCUACCCAUUAAAUGUGGUUAAGUCCCGGGCUCAGUCUCAGGUAGGCGGAGCCUUCCAGCCUUGCAGGGAGGUGCUGCUAACAGUGUGGAGAGAAAGGGGCGGCAGUGUGGCCAUGCUCUUCAGAGGGGCCCACCUCAACUACCACCGCUCACUCAUCUCCUGGGGAAUCAUCAAUGCCACCUAUGAACUGCUGCUGAAGCUCAUGUAAGAGGGGGGUUGGAGAUCUAGAGAGGAAGAGAAAGCAUUUAAAGGGAAAAGCCUGCUUGGAGUGAUGGAGCCGGUUUGUUGAGGAGAAAGGAAGUCAUAAAGUAAAGCUGAUGUACUUGCUGAAAUUGCACUUCUGACAGGGGCCAACAGUCAGUUUGAGAUAACCCACAUGUCAUGACUAUUUACUGUUCAAAAUAUUAUAAACGAGACGCACGCUUUAGCCUAUACACAACGUUUGCCAGGGUCCAAUUGAAAUGCCCUUGUUUGCUCUCUGUACAAAAUAGUUUUGGAGCAAACUGAACUCCAGUGCUUUUUUUUUUCCACACAGUUUCAAGCAAACGUUACUUGACUGGAUUAACUGUGUCUUCGUUCGUGCCGUGUGCUGUGGUGUUUUGUAGACAACAUCCGUCUGUUCGUUUGACCAAGAGCAUUUCCUCUGUGAGGCUGUAUUCUGCCACUUGACUGAAACUCUUUUGUACUUUUGACUAUUUCAAUUCUCAAGGAGUGUGUACUGACUUGAGUGUUGGCCGGUUUGUUUCUCAUCAUGCUCCAUCACCACCAAUUCGGCCUUUAUGUUUGUGAGAUCAGAAGGC